CAUGAGCAGCAAUUGUAAUUCUGUAGCGCGGGAAUUUUUGUCUGAUGUCAAUAAACUGUGCAGUGAAGGAGGGGAAAGCAAGGAUGAUGAAGAAGAAGAAAGCCACAUGGCAGUUCUUGGAGAGUACCUCUUGUAUGGACGUGGACUUUUGCUCCUUACAAUGCUCAAUGACAGUGUUGAUCAGGAUCUGACUUGUCGUGAAGAGCUUAUAACUCUUAUUGUAUCGCUUCUGCCUCUGGUUUGGAAGAUCCCAUUGCAAGAAAAAGCAAGAGAGUUUGUUUUACCAUCACUUGAUACCGAACCGUUUGCUACCAAAGAGAGCUGUUCAACUCUGAAAAAACCUCAGAGGAAAGUAAAUACUGAGGGGAUUUCCUCCUCCUCGGACUUCUCAAGUCUUGUAAAUGUUAGCUUGCGACACCAUAAAUCAAGACGCCAUUCCAAAACUGCAUCGAAGGAUGAUAAAAAGGCUUUGUCUACAUCAGAUUCUGAAGGAGUCCUGGAUGAGAAGUCUUUAUCUGCGACUAAACAAAGGCAUACACCACAUCCUGUUACAUCCCACUCUUGGGAGUCCACUGCAUUUGACAAAGGUUUCACGCAUCAGAAAGUGGAAUGUAAACCAAAACCAGAUACUAGCUUCUCGGAGAGUAAUCUUUUAGAAAGACCCUUUUCUGUGUCAGAUAAAAACACUUCUCCAUUUGAUCUUUGUCAAAUAUUGCUAUCUUUGCUUGAAAAAGUUUCUAAGUAUGAUAUAAAACUGAAUCAUAGCACUUCACUCUCAGUUACUGUCAUCCCAGCAUUAACAGAAUCCCUUUUAGGCUUUGGUGAUUACUAUGCAUCCGUCAAAGGAACAUUGGCAUCUGGAUGGAAUGAGGAACCAGUGGCAUUAGUGCAGAGAAUGCUGUUGCGUACAGUGUUAGCACUACUGUGUGCAGACAUUAAUAGCAGGGAUGGUAUGCCAGACAAUUUAAGGAAAAGCCUUACUGAUUUGUUAAAAACAGCCUUAAAAUAUAAAGUUUACCUUAGUAGCAUGCCUGAUUUAUACCACCAACAGUCAGCCAAGAAUGCUGCUGAAAAACUAGAGAUGCCUCGAUGUCAGCAUCAAGCUCUUUUGAUAUCAGAGCUUCUUGAAGUCAUUUUUCAAAUCAUGUUGUUAUGUCUUAAGUGUGCAGCACCAAAUCCCUUAUAUUUUAGUCAGUCUAUAGAACUUUUGCAUGACUUUGUACUGUACAGUGGAUUUGAUCUCUUUGAGAAAGCCACCCUUUAUAUGGAGUCAAUAUGUCUUCAGUGUGAAAGCCUAUAUUCCGAGGCUUAUGAACAUGUAUCAUUACUUAUUAGUAAUGUCAUCAAAAUAAUCAGUGUUAUCAAAAAAGUUAAAUCUGAGCAACUCCAUCAGUCAAUGUGUACAAGGAAAAGACAUAGGAGAUGUGAAUUCUCACACUUCAUGCACCACCACAGAGAUCUUUCUGGUUUUCCAGUUUCUAUUUUCAAAAGUCGUGUUCUUAAAGAUCCUUCUGAAGAAAAUAUAUAUGGGGAGCUUCGAUUUCCUGAGAGGAGUUGUUGCAUUGCUGUUUGUGCCCACCAAUGUUUACAUUUACUACAACAGGCACCGCUGACCCCUACAUGUCUACAGAUUAUUUCAGGUAUACAGAAUGUUGGCAUUUGUUGUUGUAUGGAUCCUGCAUCGGUUAUUUUACCUCUUCUUUAUGCAUUUAAGAUGCAAAGAUUAACAAAUGUGCAACAUCAUACGCUGAGUCUACUUGCAAACUUGAUUUUGGAUCAGCUAGGUGGAGGUGAAAGUUCAAAUACUGUGAAACAAGCAUCUUGUAACAUAUGUGCAAUGGAUGGUGAACAUUUAGCUGAAUUGCAGGACACAAUUCACGGAAAAUCUGACCCUGCUUUAACUACAAGUUUGUGCAGUAUGUCUUAUAGAUUUCAGGGUGUUCUACCAAGUAGUGGCUCAGAAGACAUGAUGUGGAAAUGGGAUUCUUUGGAAGCUUACCAAGAACUUGUCUUUAGUAAUGAUCUACAACUGAGUUUACCUAUUGCCAGCCAUAUUUGCGCUAUCAUGCAGAAAGGAAAUGCAGUCAUUCAAUGGAAAUUGUACACACUUAUCUUCAAUGCAGUUUUACAAAGAGGGGUAGAGAUGGCUCAUCAUUCUCAACAGAUGGAUGUUGCAGCACCGUACAGCCAUACAAGCAGCUGUCAGAAAACAGGAUUAUCUGAAGAGUUACUUAAGACUUACUUAAAAAUACUUCCUGAGUUGCUGAAGUCCAGUGUAAUACGAGAAGUAUUCUUAAAUUCAAAUGGACUAAAUCAAAUUACAGAACUUAAUUAUUUGGAUUCUUUGAGAUACUUCUGUUUGAAAGCAUUCGAGACUCUUGUUUGCUUUGGAGAGCAACAGAUCGACUGUCUAACACCUAAUUUGGAAAAUGGCACUGGCGAUUCAAACCCACUUCCUUUGGAAUUUCAUGUUCAGUUUUCAAGGCCUCAACAAUGGCUUCAUGAUCAAACCAAAAGCUAUACUGAUUUGAAAGAAAUCUGUCCAAAAAGAAAAAAGGUGAUCCAUCAAAAAACGAGUAUCAUAAACCUUUUUCUUUGUUUGGCUUUUUUAAGUGUGAGCAAAGAUGCAGAGUCUGAGUUUGAAUCUGUCAAUGAGUCUGAGGACACUUCUGGCUAUGACAGUACUGCAAGUGAACCAAGAAGCAUUUUACCAAAACUUAAUGUUGAAAGCUUGGUUUUACCAUCCACAGAGCAAAUACACAGAGCUGCAGAUAUUUGGUCUAUGUGUUGUUGGCUUUACCUUUCAAACGCGAUGCUCCAGAAGCAAUUCCACAAAAUUGGUGGCUUUGAUUUGUGUUACAAACUAAUUCUUCUCAUAAUAAAUACAUUUUCUAGCUGUUUUGAAGAUUUAAGAAGUAAAAGUCUUCCUUUUCCUCAUGAAAAAUCAAAUCCAGCUGCAGAAGAAAGUCUUGGCAUAGAAACCCACUGCGAAACAGAAUGCACAUGUCACGAUGCUUUAUCCAAAGAACUAUACUUGCGUUACCUUCAACCUGAUCCUACAUGCUCUUCAUCAAAGAGUUCCUUUUUUGUUAGUUCUCCUCUUACAACUGAAGUGAAAGAGUGGCCAAUUGAAGCUGUGAAAUUAUUUGAAGCACUUUUAGCUAUUUGUCUACACAGUGCACGAAACAAUCAGCUCAAAGCAGAUUUGGAAGCCUCUCAGAAUCUCACUGUACAACACAUAAUGGCUGAAGUUCAGGACCUUCUUGCAAAGUCCAGAGUUCUUCAAACUAAUCUUGCUCCACACAUUCUUGAUUGUCUUCUUCGCAUUGCUGUUUCAAAUUUUUCUUUUGUCUCUGCCCCUCCUGAGGAGCAAAAAGAAAAGGUUCAUAAAUCAAAUGAACUACAUUUACAACACAAAGAGAUUUCUGAUGACGGAGACGAAGGGCACAGUCUUAACUUGAGUCUUCUUGCAGAAGAAGAAGGAUAUGAAGCAGACAGUGAAAGUAACCCCGAGGAUGCCUCUGAUGAUGAUGGCAUGAAAACUGAAAUUGAAGAAAUGAGAAUUUUAAAUGAUCAAGUCGAUUUAAACAGAGAUGGAGAAUUACUGUAUCCAGAAAUUUGUGCCCUGGUUCUGAAUUUGCUUUCUGAAGAUCAUACGAACCUAAAUUUGCUUUCCAGUGUUUUUCAGACUUUUUUGAAAAUAAUAAAGACCAAUAGGAAAAACACAAUGCUUCUAGUACAGCAAGGUACAACAAAAUCCUUACUAAUAGGAUUUAAGUUCAUCUUGGGAAGCGAUGAUCCAGAGAUAAAAGAUUGUCAGGAAGUGCUGGUUGAUCUGUUAGUCUCAUUGAUGAGCCACAGGAUUACAUCAGAGGAACUUACUCUCUUAAUGCGUUGUUUUCUGGAAAAGAGUAUACCCAGUGAGAUGCUCUUAAAAGGAAUUUUGAAUAUUACAGAGGCUAACAGCAACAUCGUUCCUCUGAAAUACUUGACCUUUCCCCUUCAACAAAGCACAGGUGGGGUGACUGGUACAGCGCAGAAAUCUCCUUGUUGUACCUCUGGAAAAAUGAGUGGAUUCUUCAAAAGAACAAAAGUUUGGCACAGUAAAGAUAUGCAUGGAGACACUUUACUUUCAUCCUGGCACAUCUCACCUAUCCAUUUACCUUUGGUUGGCCAAAACUGUUGGCCACACAUGUCAGAUGGAUUUAGUUUCACAAUGUGGUUGAAAAUGGAGUAUAGUCUGGAUCUAGAAUAUCUGAUUAAAGGAAAACACAUAAAGAAAAGGAAUAAGAUGGUUCCCAUUCAGCUGCAAAACACAGAAGCUGAUAAGGCCAUUGGACCAGAUGGUUUAAGUAAUGACAGGCUUGAAGAUGAUGGUUGUAUACAUCUGCUCUCACUGGGUUCUAAAGUAUUGAUGAUGCAGAUCUGGGUUUGCAUGACAACAGGACGGCUUAUUUUCAGGAUGUGCACACAUGUAAACGAUGAAUUAAAAUGCAUCCUUCUGGCACAAGCUGAAACACAAGAAAAUUUUUUCCAUCCUGGAAAUUGGGAGCAUUUGGCUUUCACAUACAAAGAGCUGUCGGAAAGUAAGAAUAAGGUCCACAGCAAAAUACUGAUGUGGGUCUCUGGACAACGGAAAUCCGAAGUCACCUUGGAAUAUAAUCCUCCACGGAAGGGAAGCUUAUCAUCUGACAGCAACAGAACUUUUUGUAUGGUUGGACAUCAGGCAUCCUCUCCAGAAGAUACCAUUUGUAUAGUGGGACAGAUGAGUUUGGGAAAUUUGCUGCUAUUUAAUGGUCCAAGUCUUGGUGCAGAAGAAGCAUUUGAUCUUUAUUGUCAUGGUCCAGAUUUUACAUCAUUAAUGACUUGCAAAUAUGGCAACAGUACUAUUGAUCAUUGCAAGUACAUUUCUAGAGAAAUCCUUCAGAAUGAACAAAUUUGUGACUUUUUAAUGAAAAAUAAAGGAAGUGACAUGAGCGUCUUAGCGGACAGUCUAGCAAUUGUAUAUGAUAUGCACAAUCCAUUUCAGUACACAAUUUACGAACCGGUAAUCAGAAUUAAAGGAAGUAUGAAGCUUGCAUCGUCUCAAAGACCGUUUAGUGCAAAGGAAGUGUCUAGUAAAACUCUGGAUUCCCAGGCACUGAAAAUGUUGCAACCAUGCCUUGAGAAAAACAUACACAGUAUACUGCAUGAGAUUGGAGGAAUUGGAGCCAUGGUGUAUUUGUUUGCACGGACUGUGGAGAUCAGCAGCUGUGAAAAGACUCAAUCAAUGGGGUUAGAGAUAAUAUUGUCAUUAACCAAAUACAACCAGCAGAGAAUUCAAGAGAGCAAAAACUGUGAUCUUUAUUCAGUGAUUCACCAAGUCUUAGUACGUCCUAAAUGUAUUGUUGGAUUCCAUACAUUAAAGACCCUUCUGUAUGGAUGUACUGGUGAUUGGUUGCUCAACAUAAAUGAAAACGGACAAUUUAAUCUCAAGUUUGAUUCUACUGCUGUGAUCAAAGACAUUCAGUUAUUAGAACAUUUGCUGUUGGAUUGGAAAAUUUGGUCAAAAGCUGAGGCUGGUGUUUGGGAAACCUUACUAACCUCAUUACAGAUACUUAUCAGAGAUAACCAUCCUCUCAAGGUGUUUAAUAUAAAGCAGUUUCUAAAAGCCAGAGUGGUACAUCAUUUCUUGCUUGCUUGUCAGAUUCUUCAGGAACACAGAGAAGAACAUAUUACAUCUAUUCCUCAAGAUGUCUGUGUAUCGUAUAUCAGGAUCAUUGAGGAAGUACUUGGAUCUCCUCCAGAACUAGAUCUUCUUCAGUUAAUCUUCAGUUUCCUCUUGGCAGUUCACCCACCAACAAACACUUAUGUUUGCCACAAUCCUAACAAUUUCUUCUUCUCUCUACACAUUGACGACAAGAUAUUUCAAGAAAAACUAAAAUCAUUUAUAAAUCAGAGACAUUCUAGCCUUGGAGGACAAUCUGCUGUAGGUCAUGUGUUUUCAAGCAAAAGCCCCUCAGAGUUUUCAGACUCACUGGAGAAAGGUACUGAUGUCGCAAUGUUUUCAUCACAACAGCAUAUACAUCUCUCUGUGUCAGAAAGGUCACGUUCCAAGAGUUUGCCUGCGUCACCUUCAUGCGUACCUAAAGUAUAUCCAAAGACAUUAGAAGGGAGCCUCUUUAAAGGUGGAGUUGACUUAGCACAGUCUAUGGAGAAUGACAAAACCAAUGAAGACAUAAUCUGCAGUUCUGAGAACAGAUUGGAUGUGCUGAAAAGACAGGAAGAACAGUACAUCAGCAGCUGCGAGUCAGCACAGACAGUAUGUGAUUCCUUGAUGCCUCCUGAUUGUAUCAGGGUUACGGAGCCUUCUAAGGAGGAAUUUGGUCAGUCAGACAUAAGUUUGGAGAUUACAACUGAUGAUUCUGGCAAAGUAACACCAUGUGAAAGUGCUGGAGAGGUAUUUUUGCAGCGUCCUCGUAUUCUUAAAGGAAUUUCCUCUUCUAGGAAAGGACAGAGUAAUAUUGCCAGCUUCGGUUUAGCUUUUCCUUCUAGUGGAUCUCUAUCUAGUACAAGCUGGACAGAUGUUUCUGAGAAGAAAAACUCUGAAGAAUGGGGUAGUUUUCCUUUCUCCCCAGUAUUUGAUCUUACGUGUAGAGAUUCAGUCCAAGUGGAUGGAAGAACAAUGGAUGAUUGCAUUCAUCUUGUGUGCUGUGGUCUUUAUGAUCUUUUGUGUGGUGUUGUUCUCACCAUGCCCGAUGUCAUGGUCCUAGAUGUUUUCAAUGAAAUUAUUCAACCAGAUGUACUUAUUGUAUUGGUCAAUCAUCCAUCUCCUCUCAUUCAACAAGGCGUCUUAAAACUUUUGAAUUCAUAUUUUCAUCGAGUAUCCAAGGAGUACAAAGAGGCAUUUUUAAAGAAAAGUGGUUUUACAUUGCUAGCCAACCAGCUCUAUUUGCACCAGGGGAGUCAAAGGGUAAUAGAGUGCCUCUUGGAGAUGUUCUUCGGACGACACAUCCGGCUUGAUGAGGAAUUUGAAGUAGAAGACAUACGAAAUGUGGGCGUUUUCCAAAAGUGGUGCAUCAUCCCUAUUCUUGGAUUGAUUGAGAAUUCCUUACACAAUGCCACCUUGUUGCACAACUCAUUUUGCAUUUUGCUUCAGAUCCUUCACUCCUGUUCAAAAGUAGCUGAUAUGCUUCUUGACAGUGGUCUUCUGUAUGCUUUGUGCAACACACUGGUAACGUUAUGUGCUAUCGAAACAAGUAUUUCCCUGGAUGAAUACAUUUUACUUGCUUGUGAUUUACAGCAGCUACUGAUAGCUGUCACAAUACAUGCCUGCAGCUCAUCUGGAUCUCAGUAUUUUCGUAUUGUUGAAGAUUUAAUUAUACUACUUGGAUAUUUAAAUGAAAGCAAAAAUGAAAUAUUGCAAAACAUGGCAGUUUUAAUGCAGUUCAAAAUUUUGCAUUCAGCUAUUGAGUUUAUAAAAACAACUUCACAUCAAGACUCCCAACCUGUGUCCAGCUUCAGCCAUUCCUCUCAUAUGAAGCAUCUGAAAACAAAAAGUAUAUCUGGGACUCCUAGAUUAUCCUUUGCCCAGUCUGACCCACUACUGAUGACCAUGCGCUCAGUUGCCAGCAGUGAGCUUACAGAACUGAUGCACAGAAGAAUGAGUCAGGAAAAUCCAAUAAGGGCUUCUGAAUCGGAGUUUGUGCAACGAUUACAAAGAUUGACUGUCCUUUCUGUCAAUAGGUUAAUUUACCAAGAAUUAUCAGAGAAAAAGACAUACCCAGCUGAAUUUUCUGAAGAUGAGAUGCAGUUGGAUGUAUGGUGUGCUAAAAAGACAUUUCAAAGCGACCUGCUAAAAAUCAUGAUCGAAGGAAUCAAGCUUUCAUUGGGUUCAGGUAGAACCAGCUCUCCUAAGAACCAGUGGAAAACAAUUCUUUUGCAAUGUAAUGACACUUUCCGUGUUCAGCUUGGAAGACUCUUAGUGCAUCUUUUGUCUCCAUCUCUACACACUGAAGAACGAAAAGAAAUCCUUGCAUUAGCCAAUGAACCUAAACUUGAAGAUAUGUUAAAGGAAUGCUUAUGUCCAGGUUUGCAACAUGGACCCAAGUUGGCUCUUUAUGUCUUUGAGCUUUUGCACAAUCAUAAAGACAGUUUGACAAAAGAGGAUGAAGCUGCUGGUGUCUUAUUCAUGAAUGCCCUAAAGCACGCUGGGUACAAAUGUAUUCCUCCAAGUGCACCAAUAAAGUCAGACCUGGUGAAAGCUGCUAAAGAGGAGCAAGGAAAAUAUGAAAAUGAAGAAAAAGCAAACAAAGCAGCUUGGAAAAAAACUAUUUUGAAUAAUCAACAAAAGCUUUUUCAACGACUGGAAACAAAACUGAAGGACAUUUCCAAAAUUGCUGGUGAUGUAACACAAAGUGUGUCUUUAUCACAAGGAAUGGAACGAAAGAAUGUUAUACAGCAUAUUCGCAAUAUGUACAAAAUGGAUUUGAGUGCAAGCCGACAUUGGCAGGAACUUGUUCAGCAGCUAACUCAUGACAGGGCGGUUUGGUUUGACCCAGAAUCAUACCCUACCUCUUAUCAGCUUGAUCCCACUGAGGGUCCAAACAGAGAGAGACGACGUUUACAAAGAUGCUACUUAACCAUUCCCAACAAAUACAUUCUCAAGGACCGGCAAAAGAAAGAAGAAAUUGUUAAGCCUCCUUUAUCUUACAUUUUUGAAGAAAAAACACAUUCCUCAUUAUCUUCCACUGUAAAAGAGAAAGCUGCAAGCGAAUUAAUAAGGGUUAAUCGAAGAUGCAUCAAUGUAGCACCAUCCAGAGAAACAGUUGGGGAGCUCUUGUUAGGGAAGUCUGGAAUGUAUUUUGUAGAAGACUCUGCACCUGACAUGGUAGAAUCUAAUUCCCUGCUUGGUGAAUCAGAACCUGCUUCAUUUUCCUGGACAUAUGAAGAAAUUAAAGAAGUUCAUAAGCGCUGGUGGCAGCUUCGAGACAAUGCUGUAGAGAUUUUUUUAACAAAUGGAAGAACCUUGUUGUUGGCUUUUGACAAUACCAAAGUGCGAGAUGAUGUUUACCAGAAAAUAUUGUCCAAUAAUCUUCCCAAUCUGUUGGAGUAUGGAAAUAUUACAGCUCUCACUCAGCUCUGGUGCUCUGGACAAAUAACCAAUUUUGAAUACCUUACACAUUUAAAUAAGCACGCAGGGCGCUCCUUCAAUGACCUAAUGCAAUAUCCAGUUUUCCCGUUUAUUCUCAGUGAUUACACCAGUGAGACACUUGACCUGAGCAACAAUAAUAUUUACAGGAAUCUUAUCAAGCCUAUUGCUGUACAAUCUAAAGAAAAGGAAGAUCGUUACAUAGACAAUUACAAGUAUUUGGAAGAUGAGUACUGUAAAGGAGAUAGAGAAGACGAUCCAAUGCCACCAGUGCAACCAUAUCAUUAUGGAUCUCAUUACUCAAACAGUGGCACUAUACUGCAUUUCAUGGUCCGAUUGCCUCCUUUCACCAAAAUGUUCCUGGCAUAUCAAGAUCAAAGUUUUGAUAUCCCUGACAGAACAUUUCAUUCCAUGAAUACAACAUGGCGCUUGUCUUCCUACGAAUCAAUGACUGAUGUUAAAGAGCUUAUUCCAGAAUUUUUCUACUUGCCAGAAUUUUUAGUGAACAGAGAAGGCUUUGAUUUUGGUCUACGUCAAAAUGGUGAACGGGUGAAUCAUGUUAACCUUCCACCUUGGGCCCGAAAUGAUCCACGCCUUUUCAUCCUGAUUCAUCGGCAAGCCCUAGAGUCAGACCAAGUUUCUCAGACAAUUUGUAAUUGGAUCGAUCUUGUAUUUGGCUACAAACAGAAAGGACGUGCUGCUGUUCAAGCCAUCAAUGUGUUCCACCCAGCUACUUAUUUUGGAAUGGACGUUUCAGCAGUUGAAGAUCCUGUCCAAAGGCGAGCGCUGGAAACAAUGAUUAAAACAUAUGGGCAGACACCUCGACAGCUCUUUCACAGUGCACAUGUGUGCCGUCAAGGAUCAAAACUUCUUAUGGAAGGAGAACUUCCCGCUGCAAUGGGAUUGCUAGUACAGCUUGCAUUUAGGGAAAACAGGGAGAGCUCAAAGGAACCUUCUUACCCUAGUCCAUUACCUUGGAUAAAAGGCUUGAAAUGGGGAGAAUAUGUUGGCUCCCCAAGUUCUCCAGAUCCCAUUGUGUGCUUCAGUCAGCCUCAUGGAGAGAGAUUUGGCUCCCUACAGGCUUUACCAACUAGAGCUAUAUGUGGCUUAUCAAAGAAAUUCUGCCUAAUGAUGAGCUACAGUAAGGAGCAAGGUGUCCGAAGUAUGCACAGUACUGACAUUCAGUGGUCAGCAAUUCUCAGCUGGGGAUAUCCUGAUAACAUUCUAAGACUGAAGAGUAAACAAAGUGAACCCCCUGUGAAUUUCAUUCAGUGUUCAGAACAUCACCAGGUAACAAGUUGUGCUUGGGUGCCAGACAGUUGUCAACUUUAUACUGGGAGCAAAUGUGGAGUAAUCACUGCAUACCUGAAUCGUUUCACUAACACAACGCCGAUGGAAAUUGAAGUUGAAGCCCGGGUGCACCUAUAUGGUCAUACUGGGGAAGUUACCAGCCUGUUUGUUUGCAAACCCUACAGCAUAUUAAUAAGUGUUAGCAAGGAUGGGACCUGCAUAAUAUGGGAUCUCAACAGAUUAUGUUACGUGCAAAGUCUAACAGGGCACAAAAGUCCAGUAACAGCAGUUUCUGCUAGCGAAACAACAGGCGACAUUGCAACAGUCUGUGACUCAGUUGGAGGAGGAAGUGAUCUGAGACUGUGGACUGUGAAUGGAGAUCUAAUUGGACAUGUACAUUGCAGAGAGAGUAUAUGCUCCAUUGCAUUUUCUAACCAACCUGAAGGAGUAUCUGUUAAUGUAAUUGCUGGAGGACUUACAAAUGGCAUUGUCCGGUUAUGGAGUACCUGGGAUUUGAAACCAGUUCGAGAAAUAACUUUCCCAAAGUCCAAUAAACCAAUAGUAAGCCUUACUUUUUCCUGUGAUGGUCAUCAUCUCUAUACUGCAAACAGUGAAGGAACAGUGAUUGGCUGGUGUCGCAAGGACCAGCAACGACUGAAAUUGCCCAUGUUUUAUUCAUUCCUCAGCAACUAUGCAGCAUGUUAAAUCUUGCUAUAUUUUUGUAACCUGUUUACACUUUUGAAAUCUUGGUACACUUUGUAAGACUAUAUCAGAUAAUGUAUAUAGAAAAAAAAUAGG